ACCGCGAAGCAAGCAACAUGCAUACCCAUUUCAUCGCCAUUCUGCUGGCUGCCGUGGCCAUUGGCUCCUCCUCCGCGAAUCCCAGCCUGGUCUCGGGACCCUCGAAGAUGUUCGAGAUCAUGAGUUCCACCAGCGAAGUGCAGCGCAACAAUCCCGCCCUGGCCACUGCCUGCUUCACCUACUACCAGGGCGUCUUCGACGAGGACUACAAGGUCUACGAGGCUGAGUAUGCGCAAUGCGAGGACGAGUUCGGCGCCGGCAGGAACGGAGUCCUGGAGAAGUACAACAGCAAUGUCAAGGAGCUGAGCGACUCCACGUAUGCCUCCUGCAAGGCUCUGAUCGAUUGCGACCAGAGAAACAACAGCCUGGACUCCCUUAACUGCUACUCCGCUCAGGGCACUGAAAACUCCAAGGAGGUGUACAGCGUGGCCACGAACGCCUCUAUUGCCGCCGGAAGCCUGAACCAGGAGAUCACCAACCUGGGUUACACCCGUGAUGCCUGCACCAGCAACUCGGCCCGCAACUAUGAGUCCCGCUCCGCCAAGUCCUACGAAAGCUUCCAGAGCUGCCUGGCUGGCAAAACUCCUGUUCCGGAACCCACUACCACCACUACUAGGCGGCCCACUACUACCCCUGAGCCCACCACCACUGAGUCCAGCACCAACGAGCCUACCACCACCCCCAGACCCACCGAAACUACCGAUACUACGAGGUGGGAGGAACCUACUACCACUACUAGCCAGCCCAUCUUUACCACGGAUGAGCCCUCUUCUUCAUGGAUACCUCCGACGUAUCCACCCUCGACCCUUUCGCCUUUCAGUCAUGGCCAUGGCAGCGCUGAGGAGAAGAAGCAGUGGAUGAACAAGUUGGACAACAUUCUCAAGCAUCUUCUGUAAGAGAGAUGGUUUUCAAAUAAAUAAUUGCAUUAAAAGAGUAUUUAUUCAAAAUA